GUAUUGGUUUAUAUUAUUCUUCUGUGGUUGUAUGAUGUAAAGCAGAAACACCAAAAGUAGACAAAAUAAAAUUAUUCUAAAGACCAAGUAUUCUUGCAGUAAUGUAUCUGAAAUACGUAAUAUUUGCGUUGUUUAUAACGUGUGCAUCUUGGGUUUCGGGUGCAUCAUAUGAGGAUAAAAGAUGCAAGUGUGUAUGUCCCAGUAUAGCUGCUGUUUUGAAUAACACAGAAGGAUCUGAGUAUGACAGGAAGUUGUACAUUGGCAAUGUGCCACCUAACAAGUGCAACUGUGUUGGAGUAAUUCUGCCCCGUGUUGGUGAAAUAAUUAAAGGCAGAGAUCAGGAAUUCUGUCCACGAUGUGAAUGUAAAUAUGAGAACAGAAAUACCACAAUUAUUAAGGUUGUAGUCAUCAUAGUAAUAUGGGUGAUAAUGCUCCUUGUGGCGUACAUGGGAUUCCUCAUUUGCCUUGAUCCAUUAAUUAAUAAGAGAGCCAAGGCGUCCUACCAAGAGCAUACCAACGAGGAAGAUGAAAGUACCAUCAGUGGGACUUCGCAACCUAUGGCAUCUCGUGGCAAUGUGCUGAACCGUGUCACUCACCAGCAGGACAAGUGGAAGCGGCAGGUGAGAGAGCAACGCCGUAACAUAUACGACCGGCACACAAUGCUCAAUUAGGACAACCAGAUCAAUUGGUCAAGCCCAUCAAUCGAUUUUAUUUAAAAAACUACAAUUGAAUAUGCAAUUUCGAAAAGGGCACAUGUCGGAUAUUCUAUACAUCAUCUUCAUCAUCAUCAUCAUAUCAGCCGAUGUACGUCCACUGCAGGACAUAGGCCUUUUGUAGGAACUACCAAACAUCAGGAUCCUGAGCCGCCUUUAUCCAGCAAAUCCCUGAAACUCGCUUGAUGUCGUCAUUCCACCUGGUAGGGGUCGUACAAUACUGUGCUUUUUAGUGCGGGGUCGCCAUUUCAGCAUCUUGGGGCCCCAACAUCCUCUUCGAACUAUUGCCACUUCAGCUUUGAGACUCAAUGUGCUAUAUCAGUGACUUUGGUUCUGAUGCGGAUCUCCUCAUUUCUGAUUGAUCACGCAGAGAUAUUCCGAGCAUAGCUCGUUCCAUCUCCUGCUAUGUGAUUCUGAGCCUUCUAAUGAGGCUAUACAUGUGUCUCACAAAUAUAAAAAUCUAAUAAUUUAAAAAUAAAUAAUUUUAGUAAUUUUCGAAGGCUAAUUCGAAAAAAAACACACAAAAUGUAACACAAUAGUUACUUUUAGAAAUUAUUUAUUAUUAAUUAGUUAAUUUUUUAAUUACUGGACAUUUUAAAUUUUUAGAUAUGAGCCCUUUUCGAAAUUGCAUAUUCAAUUAUAUUUUCAGCGCAGCGAAUUUUGGAUUCGUCUGUAACCAAACCGGCAUGUCCUUUUCAAAUGUAUCUUCUACAUGUAAAUUUAUGUAAACAUGAUUUAAGUUGGAUUUAACAAAAUAAUUCCACAUUUUGUUAAAUUGUAUAAUAAUAACAUUGUAUAGAGAUCCGGCAUAAGAAAUAUAUACCCUCAUCUGUUAUUUAUUUGGGAUAAGAAAUAAAUGUUAGAAAAUAUUUGCAUUGAUAUAUUUCAAAAUAGGUUGCCUAGUAAAAUUGCGGCUGGAUAGUAUUAAAUUAUUAAAUUGAUUUAAUCUACUUAAAAAAAAAAUACCAUUAACAGAAUUGAAAGUGUUAAGGAUGACAUAUUGAAACUGUGGGGCUGCCAGAUAUAAACAGUUGAGUAUUGUUAUUUAUAUACCCUUAUAAGUUAUUUUGUCAAAUGAAAGCUUAUUUUAGGCUUAAUUUAGUUGAUUGCCUUUGACCUAGUUCAUAGAUUUUGUAUGAAAAAAGCAUCUAGUCGCAAUUUAACUAGGCAACCUAUUUCUAAUGCCAGAUCUUAGACCAACAGAAAUGUAUUUGCAAAACAAGAAUUUGAACUUUUUAUGUAUAGUAAGUAAGCAUUGUACUCAAUUGUAUUGCACUUAGAAUAGUUUUAAUGUAUAAGAAUUAUUAUUGUUUAAAUAUUAUACAAUACAUUUAAAGUUAUCUUAAAAUGUAUUAUGUGUAUAUUUUGAUUAUUUAAUUAUUAUUGAAUUUUACAUUAACAAAUAUAAAUGUGAUCUAUUUAGGAUAGUAGUAUUAAAUAAAAAAAAAAUUCAAUGUCAAUGUAUUUUAACUAAAUUUUCACAGCAAUAAAUACCUUCUCAAAUAUA